AUGGAGGGUCAGGCAAGUUUUGGUGAUGAGGUUUCUGUAAAUUUACUCAGAGAGGAAGAUGAAGAAGAGUUUCGUAGUUGUUGCGAAGAUGAUGAAGUUUGGAAGGAGACCGAAGAACUGGUGAAGGUGGAUCCAAAAGAUGAUCUCGAUGAAUUUUCAGUGAAGAUGUUCUUCAAAGGCAUGUCCAUAGCUGGGUAUGGGGACUCAGGUUUCGGGCUUUCUGGAAUUGGAGUUGUCAUGGAAAGGUCGACCAAUGUUCCUGCAAUUCAGGUGCAGAAAAGGCUUGAUUUUUAUGUGGAGGAGCCUGUGGCUGACUAUUUAGCCCUGAUGGAUGGCCUAAUGGAAGCUGUGCAAAAUAAAGUCCGCCGGGUUUAUGCAUUCACAGAUUCUGAGCUGCUAUAUGAUCAGGUAUCACAUGAGCAGAAACUUGAAAUUCCACUCCUAGUAGCGCUGAGGCAAAGGAUCCUAGAGCAUGCCAGUCAUCUCGAUGCUUUUGUUCUGAAACUUGUCCCCACUGUAGAUCUUGAGCGGCCAUCAAAAUUAGCCCAAGUGGCAAUUGGAGUUGUCUCUUUUCCUGAUAAGGGUGUUGAAUCACUUGAAAACUGUUCCAUCUGUUGCGACGAUAAACCAUCCCUAAUGAUGAUCACCAUGAAAUGUUCUCAUAAGUUCUGUUCGCAUUGCAUGAGGACAUACGUUGAUGGGAAGGUACAGUCCUCACAAGUCCCCAUCAGAUGUCCUCAGCCGAGGUGCAAGUAUUACAUCUCCACUGCUGAGUGCAAAUCUUUUCUUCCACUCACUUCUUAUGAAUCAUUGGAGAAAGCCCUCGCAGAAGCAAAUAUUCUCCACUCAGAUAGAAUUUACUGCCCAUAUCCAAAUUGUUCUGUCCUGCUUGAUCCUCUUGAAUGUUUGUCAGCUAGGGCAAGUUCAUCAAGUCAGUCAGAUAACAGCUGCAUUGACUGUCCAGUUUGUCAGAGAUUCAUCUGUGUAGAUUGUGGGGUUCCUUGGCAUUCAUCUAUGAGCUGUGAGGAGUUCCAAAACCUCCCAUUGGAAGAGAGAGAUGCUGCAGACAUUACCUUACAUCGCCUAGCACAAAAUAAAAGCUGGAGACGUUGCCAGCAGUGUCGUAGGAUGAUCGAGCUCACUCAAGGUUGCUACCACAUGACAUGCUGGUGUAGGCAUGAGUUCUGUUAUUCAUGUGGUGCUGAAUAUAGGAAUGGCCAACAGACUUGUCAAUGUGCCUUUUGGGAUGAAGACAACAACAACACAGAAGACUUGGUCACUCAGUCUAUGCAAGAAUCUGAGCAAUGGGCAUGGGAAACAUUCAAUUCGCUCCCCAUGAUAAUGGACGCAUACUCAGACCAAGAGAGAUCACAGUUGGCACUGAUCCAGAGGUUCCUAGCUGGGGGUUUCAGUUUAAGUGACCACCCCCCUUACCAAUCCCCACCCCGCUGUACAGAUUCCUAUGUAGAUGCAAUGAAAGAUCUUCAUCAGCUUCCUUGGCUCGAGAGGUUUGUUUCUGUGAUAAGUGAUAACUACUAUGAAGAAUACAUCCAAUGA